GUACAGAUACUAUACUAAAUAAUUAUACAUACGACGCUAUGCGUAAAUGAAAAAGCCAGCUAUAAAUCUCCAAUAGCAUUCCCUUCGUCUUCGAUUUCGUUUUCACCCCACCUAUCUCUCUCUCUCUCAUCAAGCAGUUGAUCAAUUUCCCUUUCUCUCUCAUCACCUUCGACCAGUCACCAUAGGAAGCAACGGACGGAGGGAGAGGGAGAGAGAGAGAGAGAGAGGGGAGAAGAAGAAGAAGAAGAACUGAAGAAGUUCGUUGUUCUCUCGUUCGAAGCUCCCAAUGCCUGCGCAGAAGCGUUAUUCGUCCACGUCAGACAACAACCUCCGCGACGACGACGACGACUCCUCCUCUCAGCUGCAGCAGCAUCACAGUCGCCGCAAGCAAUCGCGGCGGGAGCGACGAGCUGAAGACGAAGAAGAAGAAGAAGAAGAAGAAGAAGAAGAAGAAGAAGAAGGGAGAGAGAACGAAGACGUAGUGAAAGAAGAUGAAGACGACGACUCAGAUUCCGACGGAAGCCGUUCCGAUGACGACCCUGCGAAUUACCCCGAAUGGAUAAUUGUGGAACUACCGGCCCUUCGUACGUAUGUACAAUGUCCGAUUUGUCUAGGGAUCAUCAAGAAAACAAGAACUGUGAUGGAAUGCUUGCACCGCUUUUGCAGGGAGUGCAUAGACAAGUCAAUGCGUCUGGGGAACAAUGAGUGUCCUGCUUGCCGCAAACAUUGUGCCAGUCGUCGUUCUUUGAGAGAUGAUCAACGAUUUGAUAACCUGACUGAGGUUUUAUAUGAAGAUAUUGAGAAGUAUGAGGAGGAGGUAGAAGAACUGGCUUUUCAUGAAGAGGAGAAGAGUCGCAACAAGCAGAUUCAAGCAUCAAUUGCCCAAGUUUUACACCGGCAAUCUGAAGCACUGGUGACAAAGCGCAAAACAGGUAAAGAAAGACAUUCUUCGUCAAGAUUAGCACGAGCAUAUUCUAGAAGAAGACACUCCCGGGGGACAGAGCACGAAGGAUCAGAAGACGAUGAGGAAAAUAAUCCAGAUGAGAACAAGGAUUCAUCUUCAACUGACGAGCGAGGAGCAGAAAUUAAGCAGAGGAGGUGCAGGAGAAGGGCAGGAGGUCAGCUCUCCCAGCCUUCUCCAUCAACUGCAAACACAGAAGGUGGAGGCAUUGAAAAUGACUUAGAAGCAACCAAAGAAAGCAAAGGUACUACUUCUGGGCCUAUUUGGAACCCAGAAAUGCUUGCUUGGGGUGGAGCUGGUGCUCGGAAAAAGAGUGUACGGAACACCCGCAUAAUGAAACUGGCUAAAUAUCUCGAGAACUUAAAGGAGAAUGAUGACAAGGUAGAUGUCCAUCUUGCGCUUGUUUCUUUGGACAAACAAAGAAUGCCAAGUUUGCAGAAACUGUACCUCUGCUGCCCACCACAAUUUUCUGUUGAACACCUUAAAGAAUAUGUUGCUCGUGAGACACAAGUACGGACUGAAGAUAUUGAAAUACUACUGAUGAAGAACCUCAGUUGCAAUGGUCUGCAGUCUACUCUUGACACUUCAAACUCAAUGGAAAACAAGGAUGUGGUGCAAGUUUUGGAAGGGGAAGAUACUUUGGCUGUGAUCAGAGCCAAUUGUGCUUCAAAUGGGAACCAUUUGAUUCUGGCAUAUAGGCUGAAGGAGAAAGUGCAUCAUGAAACUACACCAGAGUGUUGAGUUGAGGAAUGGGCUGAUAUUGUGCUGUUUGGGUAUAUGUAAAUAAGAUGAUGAAAAUCGUACUUUCUAGUUUUUAUUAUUAAGUGUUGUAUUACUUGUACCAGUAGUAACUGAUAAUUCUGUACUCCUAGAACACCAAAUAAACUUAUUUAUGUGCA